CAGCGGUUUCACUAGGAGAGCACGCGCUCUUUGAAUACCAAACCAUAACAAAAUGGCGGCAUGUACUGCCCGGUUUGCUCUCCGCACUUCUUGUCGCCUCACCUCUCGAUCGAUGAUUUCAUCAAGUUCCAAGUGUUUGACAGAGACCAGAGUUGCAGCGAUGGCGAGGAAACAUCCACGAGUUACAUCGGCAUCACACUUACCAAGUAACAGUAUGCACACGACAAUAUUACAAACAUCUCAGACCCAGUAUCAGCAUCCACCUCUUGCAUUUGUAUCAAGUAGUCUUCUGCUACUGCACUCUCCAGGGUCUGUCAGCCUAGAGGAGGCUUUAAGUGAAGGAGAAGAGGAAGCCACGAAUGGACGAAAGCGCAUAAAGCCACAUGAAUGUCAGACAGAUGAUCCAUAGCACUCAAUAAGCCCACAGGUUUAUUAUACUGUAUGUGUUGUAAUACUAGACAAUCAAACAUUACUGACAAACAUUACUCAUAUUAAAGCCUGCCUAAUAAGCAUUUCCGAUUAAAGCCACAUUGUCACCAGUUUACUUCCAAUCAAUUACAUAACAGUCUCUGAUGAUUUUUAACAGAAAAGAGAAAAAUAUUUUAAAAUUGUAAAAGUAAUUUGUCUAUUGAAAGUUUCUUUGAGUAUGUGACUGAUAAUUUUCGCAGAUUCUUAUAGUGCCUCUUGUCGGUUGAGGUUCCCGUCGGUCCUCCAAACGGCCCUGCAGAGGUAAACUGGUGGCAAUGGCGCUUUAAGUGCCUUCCCUAAAUAAGGCACUUAUUCAUGUCAAACUUUAUGGACUUAAAUAACAAGUGGGACUGAUAUUGAGAUUGAGUAAAGUAUGUCAAGUGAUAACAUAUGUACUCUACUACACACUUCGGUUCCCUGUGCUAAUUUGAGCAAUAUAAUUUUGUAACAUGCUAAAUGCUAAAAAAUGAUUUUGAAUAUUUCAAUAAAUGUGUAAAAAUCUA